GCUCCCGCUCCGAACCACUCGCGCCUCCCCUCUCUCCUCCCUUCUCUCUCCAGGCGCGCCCCACCCUCCGCCCCGCGCUCCCCUUGCGCAGGCACCGGCCGGCGGGCGCGGGGAGUGGGGAGCGGGCGGCGCUCGCCGCUGCGGAGCCACCUCCUGGCCGCGGCCGCCGCGCACAGUCCAGACCGCACCUCCCGGGCCGCCGCCUCCUGGCUGACCGCACCGACUGCGCCCCACAGCCCGAGCCGGGACGCAGGCUCCCAGCGCCCCGCAGACGGGCAGGAGGCGGUGGACGCCCAGCCGGCAGCCCGCAGCAUGGAUUCGGAUUCUGGCGAGCAAAGUGAGGGCGAGCCCACGACCGCCGCAGUCAUGAAUUGGCAGAGGAGUGAGGACAUCUCCAAGGACCACUUACUCUUUACCCCUUUCAAGAGACUUUUCCAGAGAUCUCCUCAGCACCAGCAGAUCUCUCAUCUAGCACCACCAUGCAUAGGAGGGCCAAGCGGGGGUCCCGAUGUGUUUAGUUCAAAGAGUUUUGCCCUUCAAGCCCAGAAGAAGAUUCUGAGCAAAAUAGCCAGCAAGACCGUGGCCAACAUGCUGAUUGAUGACACCAGCAGUGAGAUCUUUGAUGAGCUCUACAAAGUCACCAAAGAGCACACCCACAACAAGAAGGAAGCCCACAAGAUCAUGAAAGACUUAAUCAAGGUGGCCAUCAAAAUCGGGAUCCUCUACCGGAACAACCAGUUCAACCAGGAGGAGGCUGCUAUCGUGGAGAAGUUCAGGAAGAAGCUGAACCAGACGGCCAUGACCAUCGUCAGCUUCUAUGAGGUGGACUACACCUUCGAUAGGAACGUGCUCUCCAAGCUCCUACACGAGUGCAAGGACCUGGUGCAUGAACUGGUGCAGCGACACCUGACCCCCAGGACCCACGGGCGCAUCAACCACGUCUUCAACCACUUUGCUGAUGUGGAGUUCCUCUCCACCCUUUAUAGUCUGGAUGGAAACUGUAGACCCAGCCUCAAGAGGAUGUGUGAAGGAAUCAACAAAUUGCUAGAUGAGAAAGUCCUCUGAAUAUCUUCCCUCCUCCUGGACUUUGCUGCAUUCCAGUCACAGCCCUCCAGUGUGGUCUGGGUGAGAGUCAAGAAAACGGGAAGAAACCCUCGUCAAAGACGCCCAUGUUCUGUCCUUUUCAUCCCUCUGAUGUGGAUGCCGAAUUGAGCUCAGGUGUGUUUAUCCCCUGAGCUUGCUGACGAGGUCUGUACUUUAAAUCACCUUUGUUUGUGAGCCCAAAGGACAUGUCUUCUAUGCUAAGCAGAAAGGCUGCCCUGCUCAUCAAGGAGAGCUCAGUUCAUCUGUGGAGUAGAAGGAGCCCUGGCCCAAGAGGCAGGGGACAUGGGUUUGGUUCCCAGCUCCACCAGUUACGACUCCAUCCUCUGGUUCCUGCCCGCCUGCCUGCUCCCUGGGCUGCUGUGAGGAUCAAAUGAAACAAUGUAUGUUCACGAUUUUGAAAACGCUAAUGUAGGGUCUUCUUUUCCCUUCAGAGUGUGAGAGGAAUCCACUUGGAUCUAGAGACUAUUAAGCAGCAGAGAACAGAACAAUAGUCUCUGGUGGGCUGGGUUUGCAAUCUGUCUCUAGAUGUGCUAUUUCAAACAAAUUUAAAAUGAAUCUAAAGGUGUGAAAAAGUAUAGCUGCACAUUGGGAAAAUGUUUUUCAAAAGCUCUGUUUUCUGGAUCUUAGAUGUGCGGUUUUAUGAUCCUCCAGCGGGCGGGUAGAGUCCCACCCGUCACGCAGAAGCAGAGAACUGUGCUCCCUGCAGGACCACCCUCCCUCCUCUAAGGGGCACAGUCCGUGAGGCACAGGAGGGUUUAUUCCAGCUGCACAGGAGAGUCAGGCAAAGUGAACCCCUACCCAUAUUCUUGGCUUCUCAUAGUCAUUGUGUGCUGUUUUCUCUAGUUUGUUAAUACAUUGAAACUACCCUUCCACCAAGAAGUUUUGGAAUUGUGAUUCAAAAAUAAAAUUCCUGCCCUGGCUGGGUGCUCAGUUGGUUAGAACAUUGUCCCAUGCACCAGAAGGUUGCAGGUUGGAUUCCCGGUUGGGGUUGUACUGGAGACAACUGAUCAGUGUUUCUCAUUCACAUCAAUGUUUCUCUCUCUCUCUUUCCCUUCUUCUCUCUCUAAAUUCAAUAAACAUAUCCUCAGGUGAGGAUAAAAAAUAAAAUUCCUUGGAGUUAGAUACAGUGUUAAGGAUAAUGGGAUUUAAAGGAAGAAGAAAAUGAAGAGUAAGGCCUCUGCACUUAGACCCUAUGGGGAAGUAGCCACAGGGGAAACGAGGUGGGGUAUGUGUCCCUGGUCCAGGGGGAGCCAACUCACAGACAUGGUGACUGCCUCUUUUGAAUGUCUCACAGCUUCGCUUUCACACUGUGGCUUCUGACAUUUUCAUCAAAGUCUUAAUAAACAUCAGGACAAUGUAUUGUCUUAUAAUGUUGUCUAAAGGACACCACAUCAAGAGACAUGCUCUUGCCCUGGCUCGUGUGGCUCAGUUGGUUGAGUGUCACCCUAUGCACCAAAAGGUCACUGGUUCGAUUCCCAGUCAGGAUACAUGCCCAGGGUUUUGGGCAUAAUCCCCAGUAAGGGGCCUGCAGGAGGCAGCCAAUCGAUGUUUCUUGCAUCAAUGUUUCUCUCUCCCUCUCUCUAAAAAUCAAUAAAAACAGGGUUUUUUUACAAAAAAGAUGUGCUCUUCCUACAUCACCUCCUGUCCCACUGUGCUUCUCUUAUAGAACACCACAUUAGCUCAGCCCCAUGGUACAUCCCACCCCAUGGUCUCUCUCUAGCAGGAACAUCAAGAGAUGGUUUUUGGGAACAUGUGAAACAAACCUACAGUGGCCAUUUAGCCUCAACUGGCCCCCAUGUCAAUAUCAGUGCAAACCAUUCAGUUCAGUUAUUCAGCUACCAGCGCUCAAAAUUAGUUCAUAGGAAGGAUGUCCAGGGAGGAAUAGGGAAUAGUUAAGUCAGCCCCUGUUCUCCAUAUUUGACAGGCGUGGCCUAGUGCGGUAGUCGGCAAACCACAUGCGGCUCUGUGGCCCCUUGAGUGUGGCUCUUCCACAAAAUGCCACGUUUUUAGCAAAGGCCGGCUUAGGAGUAUCCUAAUUAAGUUAAUAACAAUGUACCUACCUAUAUAGUUUAAGUUUAAAAAAUUUGGCUCUCAAAAGAAAUUUCAAUCGUUGUACUGUUGAUAUUUGGCUCUGUUGACUAAUGAGUUUGCCAACCACUGGCCUAGUGCCUCCUCCUAGACAUAAGGCCUAACAAUAAUACCUUGUGCACAUCUGGGCUGGAGUCGUUGGUCACUGGGGCAAAGCCGGUGGGAAUUACAGGCAGAUGGAUCCCCUUCUCACCCACCCAGUAGGCAGCAAGCAGCCCAGCAGUAGCCAAAUGAGUUUUCACGUGCAGAGCCCUCAGUGCCUGCCUUGGUGUACUCACCUGAUUGAGGACUGCGUGCUAGGUUGAGGGCUGGUGCUUUUUUCACUAAGCAGGUGGAUCUACCCAGAGAACUGAGGCCCAAAAAAGAAUGGGUGGCGCUGUCGUCUGUCCAUCUGAGACACAGCAGGGCAGAAGACGGGAUCCCCGCCAAAGAGGAUUGAUUGCAGGGUCUCCCUGCUCCACAGGCCAUGGCACACAGCAGUGGCGGCAAAGGAGGGACGAGCAGGUUCUGACAGCCCAUGAGUCUCUGCAGGAACUGGGUCCUCCUUGCUCUGCUCAGAGAAGGAGCAGCACUUCCAGCAGCAGGUCUCCGCAGGUGCAAUAGCUGAGUGUAGACCAGUGAUGGCGAACCUAUGACACGCGUGUCAGAGGUGACACGCGAACUCAUUUUAUUGGUUGAUUUUUCUUUGUUAAAUGGCAUUUAAAUAUAUAAAAUAAAUAUCAAAAAUAUUAGUCUUUAUUUUACUAUGGUUGCAAAUAUCAAAAAAUUUCUAUAUGUGACACGGCACCAGAGUUAAGUUAGGGUUUUUCAAAAUGCUGACACGCCGAGCUCAAAAGGUUCGCCAUCACUGGUGUAGACCAAGACAUCUAGGACCUCAGGCCUCCCCACUGCGGCAGCCGGGCAGCUCUCUCUACUGCAGGGUGUAUCUCAAGCUCAUCAACAGCAGUCAAAGGGAGCUGGGCUACCCAGGCACAGGAGACCCAUCGUUCCUCUAACCCAGUGGUCGGCAGACUCAUUAGUCAACAGAGCCAAAUAUCAACAGUACAAUGAUUGAGAUUUCUUUUGAGAGCCAAAUUUUUAAACUUAAACUAUAUAGGUAGGUACAGUCAACUUUAAAUUCAACUUUAAAUCCACGGUUUUCGUCUUCCGUUUUUCUUUGCUUCUUCUUUGUAGCCAUCUCAAACAGGGCACCUAAAAAAUGUUUCAUUUGGUAAUAAUAAAGCCACCAACACAAAAGAAUUACAAUUCUUAAAUUGAUGACAAAAUACCUGUAGGAUUUGCAGCUGGUUGGAAAAAUACAGGUAACUUUAUGCUUCGAGUAGGUACUUUUGUCACCCGCGCGCGACUUGCGGAUGCAACUAGCACUAACCACUGCACAAUGAGACUGCUGACUGGCUCACUCAACUCCUGCAUGAAUCGCACGCACCUCCCCUGUGCCGCAUCUCCCGUCACCUGACGGACUGACACCCCCCACUUCUACUAAUGCCACUUCUUCAAAAUAGACUUGCCCAGGCGGAAAACCGACUUCUGCGCAUGGGCCACGAAGUUUCAAUCGCACUGUACGUGCACGCCUGCACGUGGUAUUUUGUAGAAGAGCCACACUCAAGGGGCCAAAGAGCUGCAUGUGGCCCGCAAGCCAUGGUUUGCUGACCACUGCUCUAACCCAACCCUAUAUAUACAUUUCAACAUACCAUUAGCAUAUAAAUUCAAGUGACUGUCAAGUUUCCUCAGCCAAAUGAAAUGGUUACAAAUUUCAGAUACUUUACAUAACAAUGCAGUCACCAAAGAAAGGAUCUAAUUAUUGGUUUAUUCUCAGGAUUCUAACUAUGUCACUUAGUGGCCCUGAAAAGCUGUUUUGGCUGUGGGGG